CAACUUCCAUUCGUUACAAACUCAGAACUCAUGCGCUUUAAAGCUUGUAAAUGCCUCCGCGAAGUUAUCCUCAAAGGUGAAAAAGAGUAACUUCAGUUGCUGUCACAUACUCGUCUAGCGUGGAAGCUUUCGCUGGAACACUGGUGAUUUGAAUCCAUUUGGACAUUAGAAUGUACAUUUGUGAUUGUUUGUGAAUUGUGAAAAAUGUUCGAAGCACUUUAGAAAAUUGUUAUUGUCGCACAUUAAAUGACAAAUCUUUUUAAAUUUUCGCAGACACAUUUGAAUUUAUUAUACCGUUUUCCGUCGUGUAGUAUGCGUAACUAAAACAUUUAAAGUGAAAUACAAAUAGAUGUGUUGAUGGAACGUUGAGAUUCAUGUACAUUAAAUACAGCGAUUAGGUAAGCUCGCAAAAAGGAAGGCAAUGAGUUUUGAAUAAAUUUUUGAACAAAAUAUCCAUUUUGGAUGGGAUCUUGUGUCACAAUUAAACUCGUCAUUACGGCAAUACGAACCUGAAGUGGAUACAGAACAUAACAUUAGAUAUACAUAACGAUAUAUAUAUAUAUGCAAAUCGUUUGAACAAAAUCAAUAAAAGAAAUUUACAAAAAAAAACUUUCGUUUUAUCGAAAUUGAAAUAUUAGCUUUUAAAGCUUGUCUAGCACAAUUCCUUUUUCCACACAGAAAUUGCACGGAUUAUUUCCAUUACUUUUACUGUUAAUGCAAUUGGAAAUUUAUUUGGUGUGAAGUGAAAAUAUACAUGUGCGAAGAAGAGACGAUAUUCUGUACAUUGCAGCAGACUGGAACGUAUAAUUCAGUUGAAAGAUAAUAAAAUCUGCCAGUGCAAAUAAGUAGAUAAACUUUUUUUUAUUGUAAGAACUAAGUUAAGUGUGAAAAUGUGAUUUUACGAAUGAGAUAUCGUUCGUAUUGUUUCUUUUUUUCUGUCUUAUUCACGUAUUUUGUGUGAACCGGAAUACAUGGAGUAUUAGGAAGAGAAAGAAAAAGGACGAAAAUUAUGGAAAAGCACUUAUUGUUCAUAUCACUGUUGCUUGUGUUGAUGCACUUAAAUGGUGCAUAUGGUGAAGCAGAAGGUCAAACAUCAACUCCGGAACCAGAAGCAUCAAUUGGCUGUCCCUUCCCCGACUUGCGAUUUUCACGACCGAGAAAAUUCGGUACCACCACAACCGAACAACCAUACGUUACAUUCGAAACAACUCAAAUUUAUCUCCCCGAAGAUUUCACCACCGCCGAUUUGGAAUUUAUUUCGAAUGUCGAUGCUAGCGACGAGGAUACAAACGACAAUGUACAGCGUCAGACAAGAUACACGGAUUUCAAUCCAUAUUCAUGGGGUGAUGGUGCCGAUUCGGUUGUUAUAUCGAAAAAUGAUGAACAAGAUGAAAUGCACAAUACGAAUCAGCAUACCAAGCAUGGAAAAUCGCGUAAAAAUGCUGGACGUAGACGAUUGAAUCAAAACGUACACAAGCAAUCGAAGCGUGAAGUAACGAAGGCGGAAGUUUUUGACAACAUUUAUUAUGUUCAAUCAGCAAACGUAAUCAGCAAUUUACGGCAAAGUAAUUCGUUUGAAUCGACUAACAGCGAUGCCGAUCAUGGCAGUGAGUCGGUGAAUAUUAAUGUUGGGCAGAGGAAUAAUGAUAACAUCAACAGUAAUUUAACCGAAAACAUUGUGAGUGGUAAGGAAGAAAUUAAUGAUGAUGAAGCUGCUGUCGAUCAAAAUAAAUUGGAAUCGAGCAACGAUACAAAUUCACUGCACAGAGUGAAAAGAAAAUCGGGAAAAACAACUGGCGCUUUACGACCGAAGGGUACAGGCGGUACAGAAUCGAAAAGUACCAGUCGGAAGAAAGAAGGUAUUGACAAAGACGAGGAUGGUCAAUUCAUCAUUUCACAAACAACCGACGAAGAAUCCGAAUCCGAAGAGGAGGAAGAAGAGUCCGAGGAAAAUGAUAGGUUCGACGAGGUAACCGAAGUCCGGUUUCCGUCCGAGAUCGGACCAGUCGGUGAGCGAAAAACGUGUAAAAUUCGAUGCAUCAAAGGUAAAUGGGUGGGACCACUGUGUGCCAUACACGAUGAAGAUGAUGGUCAAGUCAAAUUCCAGCCGUUGUACAAAAGUUGUAAUGUGAAUCGGAUACCGCCACAUCUGUUGCUUAGCUACAGGAAUAUUUCGGUCAAUGUAGGAUGGGAUUUACCGCACGGACAUUCAUUACAAGCACGCUGCAAAGACUUGGGCUUAUACAAACUACUUGGUGAAACAAGGGUGCUUUGUUCAAAUGGAUUAUGGGCACCAAGAAUGCCAUCCUGUGUGCCGACAACAUUGUUGACAAACUAUUCUGAUGACAGUCCUCCGUCGAUUCGAAUUAAAAUUGGUAUUGGAUCGGGUGCAUUUGAACCAUCUGGAGUGUUGGCAGUUUUACCGUCUAGCACAAUACAUUUGGAUUGUAUGUUUCCGAGAAAGAGAGGAACACCGGAAUGGACGUGGACGGGCUGGUUUAGACAAUACUAUACAGGAUGGUCAACGGUUCCAGACGAAAAGGCUACAAAAUACCGAUUAACAAUCAAGGAUAUUCAGACACAAGAUUCUGGCACAUACACAUGUGCCUCACCCAGAGGUCUAACCAAUUCGAUAAAUAUUGUGGUUGCUAUAUCAAAUUGUCCACAACAUCCAGAACCAUUGCCACCGUUGACAUUACGUUUGGAAGGACUAAAAUUGGGUCAUCGUGCUUUGUAUAGUUGCCCACUUGGCUAUACAAUUGAAGGGACUUCUAAUUCAACGUGCUUAGCUUCAGGCAACUGGUCAUCACCUCCUCCAACGUGUCAUUCGAUUCAGUGUCCUCCGUUGUUCCUAGAGGACCCUCAUUUAAGUUUAACCGAACUGAAUGCUUCCGCAUGGGGACGAGCCGUUUUCAAGUGUUCGUGGGGGUAUCGAUUGAGUGGCCCACCAGGAUUAGAAUGUGAACCGAAUGGAAUUUGGAGCGGUCCAGUACCCCGAUGCAAAGCAAUCCAAUGUCCACAACCGCUCGUACCGAUAAAUGGGCGCAUCGACGGCACAAGCGGUUCGGCAAGUCAUCGACGAUAUGCGGUUGGAGCUUUAGUGACAUUCAGUUGCACAGAAGGACAUUUACUAGUCGGUGAAGCGAGUAUCGUUUGCACCGAAACUGGUUUUUGGAGUCACCCACCGCCGUUCUGUAAAUCUCAAUGUCCGUACCCCGGCGAUCCACCAAAUGGCUUAAUUGCUCCGCUCAAAUUCCAUUACGAUCCCGGCGACUUUUUAAGCGUGCAAUGUCGUCCCGGUUUCGUUGAAUAUGGUACGAAUGGACCGCCAGAUAGACCACGUUGCUUGCCCGAUGGAAAUUGGUCCGGUCCAGUGCCGCAGUGUCGUAAUUAUGAGGAUGUGUAAACGAAAAGUAUUUUUUUGUAAAAAUAAAUGAAUUAUUGAAUUUAAUGAUCUUGGUGAUAAAAUUAGGAAUGUAGGCGAGACAAAAGAAAAAAAAGACAUAUUUAGGUUAAGUCAAGCGAUUACGUGUCAACAAUAGUAAGUUACAAGGAUGAAUUCAACUUAUUAAGUAUAAAAUCUGAGACAAUUCACUAAUACACUUCAUAGAACCGCACCCAAUUUUUAGACUUUCGCAGAAUACGAAAAGAAAUCUAAAGAAAGUCCAACAUUUCUGCAAAGACCAAGACCGUCGGUUUCAGUUUUUACUGUAAACAUUUUUGGGAACUGAUAACUAAUUGCUCGUAUUCGGAUGAUUUAACCUACUAUUUUCACUCCAAUGAAUUAUUGUGAUUUGGAUUCUUAUCAUUCAAAGUAUUUAAUCAAUUAGUUUCAAUGAGGGACAUAGUUAUAAGUGAAAGGUCAAUUAAAACCUGACUGAUCACACCACAAAGCACCUUUCACAGACAGAGUUUCAAGAACUCGGGCUAAGGGAUACAUA